UGCAACUCUGGCGAUGAAUAGUGGAUAUCCAUUUUUGCCCCUCCAGUUAGUGGUGUGGUCUUCGACGGUUUUGCCCGUCUGCUAUUUUGCUUAUAUGCCACCGUUUGAGCGAUAUCAUCGAGGAUGAUAGAGAGAAAGAGAGAGAGGCUGAUCGAUGUUUGGUGGUGGUGAAGGCUUCAAUUGAUGGUGAAGAGUAUGGAGAAGCUUGAAUUGAGGUCUGAUGAUGCCAUUUCUCUGCUUCAGAUCAAUGACCUCAAGAACUCGCCUGGACCAAUUAAGAAGGAGCUCAGAGUUGCAACAAAGCAAGCUGUUGGGCUCUUGCAGUACAAUUACCCUGCAAUGGUUGCCAAAAAUUUUGAUAAAAGCUAAUAGCUAAAUUACUCAAGCAAGGAGGUUUGGAAGCUCUAUUUUCUGAGUAAGGUGCCCAAAAUAUGGAAGGGGCCGUCUGUCAUUGAUCUCUUCUCACAUGUCUGUAUUAUUGUGGUGGGAGAGGAGCUUGAAUCUUUUGGCUAUAUUGCUUGGUGGUUGUGAAGAAAUUGGAAUUUACAAAGGCAUGGUGAAACUGUGUUACAACCAGCUACAUUAAUAAGAAUGGCAGUGGACUGGCAGACAAAUUUUUUUGGGGAUGGCAGGGCUGCUACUAUCCCAAGUACAAGAUGGCAGGGCUGCUAUCCCAAGUCAAGAUAGCAACGAUAAGAUACUACUAUAUCAUAGCAACCAUAAGAUACUACUGUAUUAUAGCAGCCCUUUGUACAGGCUGAAACUGAAUUUUGAUGGAGCAUGUGAUACAAGGAGUCUAUGGGAUUGGCGUGGUCUUUAGGGAUGAACACAGAGGUUUGAAGGGAGCCAUAGCUAUUCCUCAAGUUAAAAAUCUAUCACUAAGAUCUAUUGAGGCUCUCGCACUACUUCAUGGACUUCAGUUUGCUAUUCAUGUUGGAUUCAAAAACCUGGAGAUUAAAGGCAAGGUCAAAGAUGUAACUAGAGUUCAAACACUUCUCUUCAGCGCAACCUUACCCUCUUGGGGGCAAAAUAUUUCCAGAAGGUUCCUUAAAUCAGAUAAGAAAACUACAGAUCUGGUUGGUAAUGAAAAGAUGAAGGCCAGCAUCCAUGUUAGGCAUAUUGUUCUUCCCUAUGCUUAAUUUGAUUUGUAGUAUUGUUUGAGUUUGGUUUUGCUUUCUCUUAUGGCUAUAAUUCAAUAAAAAAAAAUUCUAGCGCAUUUUCCUU